GAGGGAGGGAGCAAGCAACGGGCCAUCCACGCAUCUCUUCCAGCGCCCCAACAGGGACCCGAAGAGGAACUUGAUUUUUUUUUGUUCCCUCCCCGCUCCUUCCUCCGAGGGCCCGGGACACCGGAGCGCGAUGGGGAGGAGGCCGCCGCCCCCGGUCCCGGUGGUGGCGGGGCCGCUUUUGCUGGUGCUGCUGCUGCUGGGCGCCGUGGGGUGGGCGCGGGCCGCCAUGGACGAGUGCACGGACGAGGGCGGGAGGCCCCAGAGGUGCAUGCCCGAGUUCGUCAACGCCGCCUUCAACGCCAGCGUGGUGGCCACCGACACGUGCGGGGCCCCGCCCGAGGAGUACUGCGUCCAGACCGGGGUCACCGGGGUCACCAAGUCCUGUCACCUGUGCGACGCCGCGCAGCCCCACCUGCGCCACCCGGCCGCCUACCUCACCGACUACAACAACCAGGCCGAAACCACCUGGUGGCAGAGCCAGACCAUGCUGGCGGGGGUGCAGUACCCCAGCACCAUCAACCUCACCCUCCAUCUGGGAAAGGCCUUUGACAUUACAUACGUGCGCCUCAAGUUCCACACCAGCCGUCCUGAGAGCUUCACCAUAUACAAGCGCACCCGGGAAGAUGGGCCAUGGAUCCCCUACCAGUAUUACAGCGGCUCCUGCGAGAAUACUUACAGGAAACCAAACCGGGCCUUCAUUAGGACGGGUGAGGAUGAGCAGCAAGCGUUGUGUACGGAUGAGUUCAGCGACAUCUCUCCUCUCACCGGGGGCAACGUGGCCUUCUCCACACUGGAGGGGCGACCCAGCGCCUACAACUUUGACAACAGCCCUGUCCUGCAGGAAUUCGUAACGGCUACUGACAUCAGAGUUACUCUCAAUCGCCUGAACACUUUUGGAGAUGAAGUUUUUAAUGAUCCCAAAGUUUUGAAGUCGUAUUAUUACGCAAUCUCUGACUUUGCUGUUGGUGGCAGGUGUAAGUGUAAUGGACAUGCAAGUGAGUGUGUGAAGAAGGACUUUGAUAAACUCGUGUGUAACUGCAAGCACAACACCUAUGGGGUAGACUGUGAGAAGUGUCUUCCCUUCUACAAUGAUCGGCCAUGGAGGAGAGCAACAGCAGAAAGUGCCAAUGAGUGUCUGCCCUGCAACUGCAAUGGACGGUCAAAGGAAUGCUAUUUUGACCCUGAGCUCUACAGAUCUACGGGACAUGGUGGACAUUGCACAAACUGUCAAGACAGUACCGAUGGUGCUAAUUGCGAGAGGUGUCGGGAGAACUUCUACCGCCUGGGGAGUGAAGAAGCGUGCUUACCCUGUCAUUGCAGCCCUGUGGGUUCUCUCAGCACCCAGUGUGACAACUAUGGACUGUGUAGCUGUAAGCCCGGGGUGAUGGGAGACAAAUGUGAUCGAUGCCAGCCGGGCUUCCACUCCCUCACGGAGGCUGGCUGCAGACCAUGUGCUUGCGACCCUGCGGGCAGCACAGAUGAAUGUAAUGUUGAAACAGGACGAUGCGUCUGCAAGGAUAAUGUGGAGGGCUUCAACUGCGAGAGGUGUAAACCUGGAUUCUUUCAUCUGGAAUCAGCCAAUCCCAGGGGUUGCACCCCCUGUUUCUGUUUUGGGCAUUCAUCUGUCUGCUCCAGUGCUCAGGGCUACAGUAUCCAUACCAUCACUUCUACCUUCCAGAUCGAUCAGGAAGGGUGGCGUGCAGAGCAGCGAGAUGGAUCUGAAGUUUCACUGCAGUGGUCUCCCGAAAACCAGGACAUCUCUGUCAUCUCAGACAGCUACUUCCCCAUAUAUUUCAUAGCACCCGAUCAGUUCUUGGGCAACCAUGUCUUGAGUUAUGGUCAGAAUCUCACCUUCUCUUUUCGGGUGGACAAACGGGACACCCGCCUCUCAGCAGAGGACCUGGUGCUUGAAGGGGCCGGCCUGAGAGUGUCUGUACCUUUGAUUGCUCAAGGCAACAAUUAUCCAAGUGAGACCGCACUCAAAUAUGUUUUCCGACUCCAUGAGGCAACAGAUUAUCCCUGGAGGCCUGCCCUGACUCCUUUUGAAUUUCAAAAACUGCUCCACAACCUGACUUCUAUCAAGAUCCGUGGGACAUACAGCGAAAGAAGUGCCGGCUAUCUGGAUGAUGUCACUGUGAUGAGCGCCCGUCCAGGGCCCGGAGUCCCCGCGACCUGGGUAGAGUCCUGCACCUGUCCCUCUGGAUACGGAGGGCAGUUCUGUGAGCAUUGCGUCCCUGGGUACAGAAGGGAGACUCCUAGCCUUGGACCUUAUAGCCCAUGUGUCCUGUGCACCUGCAAUGGCCACAGCGAAUCCUGCGAUCCGGAGACGGGUGUUUGUAACUGCAGAGACAACACAGCGGGUCCUCACUGUGAAAAGUGCAGUGAUGGGUAUUAUGGAGAUUCCACUGCUGGCACCAACUCUGAUUGCCAACCUUGCCCCUGCCCUGAAGGUUCAAGUUGUGCCGUUGUGCCCAAAACAAAGGAAGUAGUCUGUACCAAUUGCCCGACUGGCACCACUGGUAAAAGAUGUGAGCUCUGUGAUGAUGGCUAUUUUGGAGAUCCUCUGGGUGAAACUGGCCCUGUGAGGCUAUGCCGACACUGUCAGUGCAGCGACAACAUCGACCCCAACGCGGUUGGGAACUGCAAUCGCUUAACCGGAGAAUGCCUGAAAUGCAUCUACAACACUGCAGGCUUCUACUGUGACCGUUGCAAAGAUGGGUUCUUUGGUAAUCCGCUGGCCCCCGACCCAGCAGACAAGUGCACAGCCUGCAGUUGCAGUCCUUACGGUACUGUGAACCAGCAGACGAACUGCAAUCAGGUGACCGGGCAGUGUGAAUGCCUGCCCCAUGUGACGGAGCGGGAUUGCAGUGCCUGUGACCCUGGCUUCUUCAAUCUGCAGAGUGGGCAGGGAUGUGAGAGAUGCGACUGCCACGCUCUAGGCUCUACGAAUGGCCAGUGCGAUAUUCGCACUGGGCAGUGUGAAUGCCAGCCAGGCAUCACCGGUCAACACUGUGAGCGAUGUGAGGUCAACCACUUUGGAUUUGGACCUGAAGGCUGUAAACCAUGUGACUGUGACCCUGAGGGGUCUCUCUCACUCCAGUGCAAAGACGACGGUCGCUGUGAGUGCAAAGAAGGCUUCGUUGGAAACCGUUGCGACCAGUGCGAAGAGAACUAUUUCUACAAUCGGUCUUGGCCUGGCUGCCAGGAGUGCCCUGCAUGCUACAGACUAGUGAAAGAUAAGGUAGCUGAGCAUCGACUGAAGCUGGAGGAACUAGAGAGCCUCAUCGCCAGCCUUGGGACAGGGGAUGAAACGGUGACAGAUCAGGCCUUUGAGGACAGACUGAAAGAGGCAGAGAGAGAUGUCAUGGACUUGCUUCGUGAGGCACAGAACAUCAAAGAUGUAGACCAGAGCCUGAUGGAUCGCCUCCAGAGAGUGAACAGCACCUUGUCCAGCCAACUUAGCCGCUUGCAAAAUAUCCGCAAUACAGUUGAGGAGACAGGAGACCUGGCUGAGCAAGCCCGUUCCCGGGUAGCUGACACAGAGAGGCUGAUUGAGAUCGCUUCCAGAGAACUGGAGAAGGCCAAAGUGGCAGUUGCCAAUGUGUCGAUCACCCAGCCGGAUUCUACCAGUGAUCCAAAUAACAUGACUCUUUUGGCAGAAGAGGCUCGCAAGCUUGCUGAAUGGCACAAACAAGAGGCUGAUGACAUUGUACGCGUAGCCAAGACAGCCAAUGAUACGUCAUCUGAAGCCUAUAAUCUGCUAUUGAGGACUCUGGCAGGCGAGAAUGAAACAGCCAAUGAGAUUAAGGAACUCAACCGAAAGUAUGAACAAGCCAAGAACAUUUCUCAGGACCUGGAGCAGCAGGCAACCCGGGUACAUGAUGAGGCAAAGAAAGCCGGGGACAAGGCUGUGGAGAUCUAUGCCAGUGUGGCCCAGCUCACCCCUGUUGAUUCAGUGGCGCUCGAGAAUGAAGCAAAUAAGAUAAAAAAGGAAGCUAAAGAUCUGGACCAGCUGAUAGACAGGAAAUUGAAGGAUUACGAAGACCUCAGGGAAGACAUGAAGGGGAAGGAACUGGAAGUGAAGAAUCUUCUGGAGAAAGGAAAGACCGAGCAACAGACAGCUGACCAGCUCUUGGCCCGAGCUGAUGCUGCUAAAGCUCUCGCUGAGGAAGCUGCUAAGAAGGGAAAAAACACAUUGCAAGAAGCUAAUGACAUUCUCAACAACCUGAAAGAUUUUGACAGACGGGUAAAUGAUAACAAGACAGCAGCAGAAGAGGCACUGAAGAAGAUCCCUGCAAUUAACCAGACUAUUGCUGAAGCCAACGAAAAGACAAGAGAAGCACAUAUGGCACUGGGCAAUGCUGCUGCAGAUGCCACUGAGGCCAAGAACAAGGCCCACGAGGCGGAGAAGAUUGCCAGUGUCGUCCAAAAGAAUGCCAACAGCACCAAGGCAGAAGCAGACAGGACUUUUGCAGAAGUCACAGGUCUGGAUAAAGAGGUGGAUGAGAUGAUGAAGCAGCUGCAGGAAGCAGAAAAAGAACUGCAGAAAAAGCAAGACGAUGCUAACAAGGAUAUGGAGAUGGCUGGGAUGGCUUCACAGGCUGCCCAGGCUGCGGAGAUCAGCGCAAGAAAAGCCAAGACCUCCGUUGGCAAUCUGCUCACCACCAUCAAUAGCCUUCUGGAACAACUAGGGCAGCUGGACACCGUCGACUUGAACAAGCUAAAUGAGAUCGAGGGGACCCUGAACCAAGCCAAAGAGGAGAUGACAGUCAGUGACUUGGACCGGAAGGUGGCCGACCUAGAGAGCGAAGCCAAGAAGCAGGAGGCUGCCAUUGUGGACUACAACAGGGAUAUCGAGGAGAUCCUGAAAGACAUCCGCAACCUGGAAGACAUCAAGAAGACCUUGCCGUCCGGCUGUUUCAACACUCCCUCGAUCGAGAAGCCUUAAGGGCCCACCAGCAGGGCGGGGAGGGCAGCUCUUCCCCCCAGGGGCCGGUGGAGCGGUUGUAGCCUGGGGGGUGCCUUGACUCACAGAUGACCCGAUGCAGACCCCCACAACUCUCCGCUGCCCUCGGUCACUCUCUUCUUUCCAAACCAGGAAAAGUUGCAAAGUUUAAAGAGAAGCCAAUUAAAAAUUCACCUUUGGACACGAAAGGGUUUUCUUUUCCAAAAGAGUCUCUCUCCCACCCAAAAAGCUCCACCUCAUUUUCACUUUCCCCUUUGAUUUGCACAAGGAUACGGCCUGUCCUGGAUGACAGUUUAGUGGUGGCAGAUGCGACUGUGAACUGUGCUGUUCAGUGAGGAACACAGACUCUGGCCUCCUGCUCACACAACAGAACCUCCUCAGACCCAGAAUGCUGUCUUGUUUCGAUGAAGGAAAAGAUUGGCAACCAGAAUAGCUCGGAACAGUACAGUUGACUCUUCCCCUUUACCCCUGUUCCUGGUUUAGCAGAGUCACGAAGGAAACAUCUCUCUGCCGAAGCCGGUGGCAAACUAGGAUUUUCACUAGCCAUUUAUCUAAUGUCUUAGCAAGUAUUCUGAGCGCAGGAUGCUAAAGCAGCUACAGAGAAAGAUGGAGCCACUUAUCAAGUCUUGAGGAGAAUCUGGUUUCAGGAGGAGUGAAGUGAAAGGUUUCCCCAAAACGACUAGCCGCAAAAGAAACAAAUUUUUUUCCCCCAGGCUCCUAGCCAACUGGCUGGCUUCAUUCUCCUGGGUGGCAGCUUAUAAGUUAGAAACCUUUCUGCAUCCCUGAGCCUGUGGUUAGUAGAGAUUUGGAAUAGGGAUGGAAUAACCACUGAAGCCUUUUAAAAGGAAAGAAAAUGUAUUCGUUGAGCUUUUCUUAUUGGUUGGUGAUGGAGCUCGUGUUAGACAUCUAGUGAGUGAAUCAUUUGAUUGACAGGUCUUUUGCUCAUAUUCCAUCCCACAAAAGACUAGGAUUUUUGACGUUGCCAGGCCUGGCUGCUUCCGUUGCUCUUUCAGUGGAGAGAGAUGAAACAUUCAAACCCUUGGUCCCAUUUUUCUCCUGAUAUGCCCGCCUUUCCGAAUCCUACCAGAUCGGUUUGUUUAUGCCUAACUCGGUGGCAGGUCAGUUGCACUCUUUGUAUUUCAGAUAGCUGGCACCACCGACAAGUCACUCCGUCUUGUCAUUUUAAGCGUAUCACAAACCCUCCCUCCCGUUCUCUUCUUGUAGGGAGUUUUUCAACCUCUUUUUCCUCAAUCCCGCAACCGUCUCCUUAGAUCACAGUUUGACAUCUCCCCUGCCCCUGCCUUUAUGAUUCAUAUAUAGCCUUUAACACUAUGCAACUUUGUACUUUGCGUGGCGGGGAAGAAACUAUUAUCUGACACACACUGGUGCUAUUAAUUAUUUCAAAUUUAUAUUUUUGUGUGAAUGUGGUUUUUUUGUUUGUUUCGUUUAUCAUGAUUAUAUAGAGUGAGGAAAAGUCAUUUUAUGUAAAUAUACUCAGCCCUAUUUCCAGAAUGGCAGUGCCUGCUCUCUUCUAUGUGCUUCCUGCUAGUUCAGCACACCUGUACCGUUCCUCAUUGCUCCUCCUCUCCACUGCCUCUCCCACUCUUCCCUCGAAUUCUUCCUCGGGAUAUUCCAAGUGUUCUUUGGGUUAAGUUCCUUUUAUCCCCCAUUACUCUCUCUUGCACCCGUUGGUUUGUGUCUUGCGGUGUCUGUAUUCUGUGGUAUUAAUAUUAAUAAUCUGCUUGUCUGAACACACAGCCUCUCAAGAGAAAGGAGCACCUCAGAUCUUUUAGAUGCAGUGCCAGGUGAUUCAGAGUUGUGACUCCAAGAUAGGAGGUGGUGGAAGGGAGGUGCUUCUCCAGAGUUUUCCUGGCACCGUCUUGGGUCCAGAGGUGCCGAGAGCUGGAAAUGCCCCGGCGGAAGGGAGGAUGUGUGAAGUGUCAGAGCUCAAUUGCCGGGUAUCUGUCAGGGAUCAGGGACAGUGCUUCAGGAGGGUUGACUGGGCCGUUCGGUGCGGUCUGGGACUAUUCCCUCCCCCCACCCGUCUUCCUGGAGCACAUGCAGUUUGCCAAAAAUUCUCUGACUUGGAAUGCUCCUGCCCUUUGACCUCUUUGCUGCUCUCAUGUCCCCCACGCCACCACAGGAGGAAUUGUUUUCUCGUCCGAUUUUUCCAUCAGUAUUUCCUGACCAGCUGCUGUUCUGGUCCCCUGGCCCCCCAUCCCAGCCAGCCUUCAGGAAGUGACUAAAGAGAAACUGCCGGGGGCGGAGGGAGUUCUCCCCUCUUCCCCUACCCAGGGACACCGUGGCAAGUCUUGGGCCAGGGUGUGUUCUUGCUUUUCUCCUCCUCCUCUUCCUUCUCCUUGAACUGUGUGUGUGUUUGUUUUUUAACAGAAUUUUAUUUUUUAAAUAAAAGUUCUUUAUAAGAAAAUCUUUUCAUUACACUCCUGCUUUACAGCCGUUAGUCCGCUGUACUCUUGCCGUUCUCUGUCCUUCAUGUAAUGAGAUUGACAGGAGAGCUGCGGCAGACGCCAGGUGUCACGGAGAUCGCCCACCACUGUUCUCUCCCUAGAGUUUCCCUUUUAGUCUUGACCGUGGCCCUAGUGUGCGUGCCUUCAUUUCAGCUAUUUGCCUUAACCUCUGCAGUCUGGCUCUCUCUGGGCGGCAAAUAAAAUGGAACACUUCAGCGGUUUUUAUGUACAAAACAGUAUUUUUAUUUAUAAUAAAAUCGGAAUAUUUGUAACCCCUCA